UGGUCCAGUCCUUACCCCAGAUCGGGCGCACAUGGCCUGGUAGUAGGAGCCGGUGGGCCCCGCAGUGGCAGCUGGUAGAUUCGGAAUUUUGGUGCCGACUACACCCGGGAAGCAGUAAGAGCUGAGCGGUGGCGCCAAGGCCCAUGCAGGACGCGGAGAACGUGGCGGUGCCCGAAGCGGCCGAGCAGCGGCCCGAGCCUGAGCAGCAGGCCGCGGAGGAGGAACCGGAGCGGCCUGCGGGGCCCAGGGUCCAGGAGGCGGCAGCUGCCGCCUCCGUGCUCGUGCCCGAAGAGAAGGGGGGAAAGGUCGCAGCUGCGGUGACGGUGGCUAAGUCCGGGCUGGAGCCCGAGGCACUAGUGAAGACUCCCGCAGAAGAGAAGGCCUCCGGAGAACCGACCUCGGUCGAAUCCCCGCCUUCGUCAUCCUCAUCUCCUGGGGAGCCGCAGCCCGAGAAGAUUCUCGAGCCCAAGGCUGAGUCUCUGGCGGCUAAGGAGGAAAAGCGGGAGGAGAAAGAAAAGGCAGAGGACGGAGGAGGAAAAGAGGAGGAGGAGGAGAAGGAGGAGGCCGGGGGUGAGAAGAAAGACCAGGGCAAAGAGGGUGAGGCCGAGCCCAAGCGCCUGGAGAAUGGCAACGAGGAGGACGAGAUCUCCUUCAGCGAUCCUGAGGGCUUUGUAGAUGACAUUAGCGAGGAAGAAUUGCUGGGAGAUAUACUGAAAGAUAGACCACAGGAAGCUGAUGGAAUUGAUUCCGUGAUAGUGGUGGAUAAUGUUCCUCAGGUAGGACCAGACCGUCUUGAGAAACUAAAGAAUGUCAUCCACAAGAUCUUUUCCAAGUUUGGGAAAAUAACCAAUGAUUAUUACCCAGAGGAAGAUGGAAAAACUAAAGGUUACAUUUUUCUGGAGUAUGUCUCACCUGCUCAUGCUUUGGACGCAGUUAAAAAUGCUGAUGGGUACAAGCUUGACAAACAACAUACAUUCAGAGUAAACCUUUUUACAGACUUUGACAAAUAUAUGACAAUUAGUGAUGAAUGGGACAUUCCAGAGAAGCAGCCCUUUAAAGACUUGGGAAAUCUACGCUAUUGGCUGGAGGAAGCUGAGUGCAGAGAUCAGUACAGUGUCAUCUUUGAAUCUGGGGAUCGUACAUCUAUAUUCUGGAAUGAUGUGAAGGAUCCAGUAUCCAUUGAAGAAAGAGCGAGAUGGACAGAAACCUAUGUGCGCUGGUCUCCAAAGGGCACUUAUUUGGCUACAUUCCAUCAAAGAGGAAUUGCUCUCUGGGGGGGAGAAAAAUUCAAACAAAUUCAGCGAUUCAGCCACCAGGGGGUACAGCUUAUUGACUUCUCACCUUGUGAAAGGUAUCUUGUGACUUUUAGCCCUCUGAUGGACACACAGGAUGACCCUCAGGCCAUAAUUAUAUGGGACAUCCUCACGGGACAGAAGAAACGAGGAUUUCAUUGUGAAAGCUCUGCUCACUGGCCCAUUUUUAAGUGGAGUCAUGAUGGCAAGUUUUUUGCCCGAAUGACAAUGGAUACACUCAGCAUUUAUGAGACUCCGUCUAUGGGUCUUUUGGAUAAGAAAAGUUUGAAAAUCCCUGGGAUAAAGGACUUUUCUUGGUCACCUGGUGGUAACAUAAUUGCUUUUUGGGUGCCAGAAGAUAAGGACAUUCCUGCCAGGGUAACCUUGAUGCAACUCCCCACCAGACAAGAAAUCAGGGUUAGAAAUCUGUUUAAUGUUGUUGACUGCAAACUACAUUGGCAAAAGAAUGGAGAUUACUUGUGUGUCAAAGUAGAUAGAACUCCAAAAGGUACCCAGGGUGUAGUAACCAACUUUGAAAUCUUCCGUAUGAGAGAGAAACAGGUGCCUGUUGAUGUAGUGGAAAUGAAAGAAAGCAUAAUAGCCUUUGCUUGGGAACCAAAUGGAAGUAAGUUUGCUGUGCUACAUGGUGAGGCUCCUCGAAUAUCUGUGUCCUUCUACCAUGUGAAAAAUAAUGGAAAAAUUGAACUUAUUAAAAUGUUUGAUAAGCAGCAGGCAAACACAAUCUUUUGGAGUCCCCAGGGACAAUUUGUUGUUCUAGCAGGUCUGAGAAGCAUGAAUGGUGCCUUGGCAUUUGUUGAUACAUCAGAUUGUACCAUGAUGAACAUUGCAGAACACUACAUGGCUUCUGAUGUUGAAUGGGAUCCUACAGGCCGUUAUGUUGUAACUUCGGUGUCCUGGUGGAGCCACAAGGUGGAUAAUGCGUACUGGUUAUGGACCUUCCAAGGACGUCUCCUUCAGAAGAAUAACAAGGAUCGUUUCUGCCAGUUGUUGUGGAGGCCUCGGCCCCCAACCUUGCUCAGCCAGGAUCAGAUAAAGCAAAUUAAAAAGGAUUUGAAGAGAUACUCCAAGAUUUUUGAACAGAAGGAUCGUUUGAGCCAAUCCAAAGCCUCAAAGGAAUUAGUAGAAAGGAGACGUACAAUGAUGGAAGAUUUUAGGAAAUAUCGAAAAAUGGCCCAAGAACUUUAUAUGGAACAGAAAAAUGAGCGUCUGGAAUUACGAGGAGGUGUAGACACUGAUGAACUAGAUAGCAAUGUAGAUGAUUGGGAAGAAGAGACAAUUGAAUUUUUUGUCACUGAAGAAAUUAUUCCUCUUGGAAACCAGGAGUAAUCUGAUAAGGUCCUGCAUUGCCAUAUCUCGUGCCAGAAGUGGAGUUCAUCCUUUUGCAGAAAGCCUACACAGCUUCUGAGUUAUUUGUGUUUUCUCUUGCUCUCUGGACAGUGAAUACACCUGGAUCUUUCCAUUCUGACACAUUUUGUGCCUUUAAAUCCCAGUGUCUGCAUUGUGGGAGGUUUUAAGGCACUGCUUUUAAAUUCUUACUUUUGGGGGAUUUUUUAAAAAAUCCAAAAACACCAGUAUUUGCUACUCAGACUUUUAUGCAGUGCUACUGGCAGGUAACUUUUGAUUACUGCUCUUGGUAGCAUUUCUUAAGUGUAUCAUCCCCACAAUCACACAAUGUUGCCAUUCAAGGACUCUCUUUAUGUCCCAAGUGCAUGGACUGGUGUUCUUUUUGUUCCAGAAAAAAUCUGCAGGAAAACAGUGUAUCUUUCACAUGUUAGUGUGCUGAAGCAGCGCUACAGCGGGCUAUACCCUCCACCCUUCAGGUUGUGAUAGGGUUUCUCAACAGGUUGAACAUGGAAAUAAAAAGCAGACCUAUGUCAAAAAGCCGUCUUUCUCAUCUCUUUUAAACCUACAAAAUUAUCUUAGACUUAAUUUUUUUUUUCUCCCAUAAUCUGUUUGGAAAUGGAAAAUCGUUUUCAAGGCAGAACUGUGUUGGUGUGUAUCAUUCUGAUUCUAUUAUUUAUAUUUCAUUUACAAGAGUAUUCUAUUUGAGUGAUGAAACAACAUAGAAAUUAUGUGCAUUUAGUUGAGAGUGCUUCAGAAAGUGUUACAGCACUAACAAGUGUUUGUUUAAAAUGCAGUAGUUAAGAGAAUUUUUACUUUGUGGAAAAUUCAUGUCAUCUCACUUUGAUGAGACUCAAAGUGAGUCUCAAAUUCAGAGAGACUUGGUUGAGGUUUAAUCUUCAGAUUAUGGUCUUUCCUUUGAAUAUUUUAAAUGCCACAUUCCUAUUCAAGAGAUAGUAUGCAAACCUUUAUGCUCUUACUCCUGUUUCAUUUUUAAACUGCCUUACUAACCCCACUGUGAUACUUCUUGUCCUUUAAUGUUCUUCUUCCUAUCAGAGGGUCCUAAAAUGCUGUACUUGGACUGGGUCACCUUUAUGGUUCAGUUCAGUUCAUACCAGAGAAAAAGUUUUUAUUGGGAUGAAAAAUAGGUGGUAAGUUUUACCAAGAAUUAAGUUUUAUGUGUUGGUAUGCAAAGGCAAAAACAUUCUUGAAGCCAAAUUUAUUGAAGCAUUCCGGGGGUUUCAUAGUGGACAAAGUUUCUAGUUUUUGCCAGCUGCCCUUAACUUCUAAGAUGACAAGUAAUAUUUGUUACCACUUUGUAUACAAAAGAGAGCAAUAAUAUCAGAUUGCUUUUAAGCUAUUUUUCCUCUACUUUCCUUCCGACUCUCCUCUUAUGUAAGCCUUUAAGCAGCCCUGGCAUCUACUAUUUGCUUUAUAAUUAAUUUUGUGAUAUCCAAAAUUCUCAUAACUCUCAUGAAAUAUUCUGAUCCUGUUUAGUUCAUCAUAUUACUUCCUUAGUGUACAUAUUUCAUGGUAUCUCAGGUUACCCUUUUCACAUUUUUUAGAUCUCAGUAUACCAGUACUUAGUUUUUUGAGUUUUUCCAGAGAACAGUGGCAUGUUAUCUGAUGAUUGAUGGAUUUUAAACAGGGCUGUUCUAACAUUAGCAUUUAAUGUCUUUUAACUUCUUAGUUGUAAUUGUUUUACAUAAUUUAUAAAUAAAAGAUUUCUGAAAUA